AUGGCCAGUCACAUUAUUGGGAAUAGAAAUAGCACUCCAGAGGCCUCCAAGGCAACUCUGCGGCCGCCAUCCUCUGCUCGCAAUCUGGGCGGCUCGCAUCAAUUGCGGGCCUCGGCCGACAUGUCUGGUUUCCCCAGCCCUCUUUCUACUCGCAGCAUCCGUCCGUCCUCCGAGGUUUUCUUCAACCAGCAAUCGCAAGGCCAAGGCAACGCCGAUGAUGUGUUGGAUCAAGCUGCUCAACAAUGGAUUGCCGAUAUUGAUCAAUUCGAGACUACUCUGGAAGAAAUGGCCGCGGCAACGAUCGACCAAGACUUCAAAGACGAGCUUAGCGCGAUUGAGCAAUGGUUCCGCGUUUUGAGCGAGGCGGAAAGGACUGCUGCAUUGUAUGCUCUGCUGCAGCAGACGACUCAGGUGCAGAUUCGCUUUUUUAUCCAGGUGUUGCAGCAAAUGGCGAAAAGUCACCCGAUGUCUGGAGUGCUGUCCCCAGCAAACUUCGGAGAGAAAGAUCCCAUGUCCAACCGCUUAAGUGAUGCAAUGUCAAAGCUCACGACCGCAGACGGCUCGCGUAAUUCUUUGGGGCGCCCUCCCCCGUCGCCCGGCGCGAAAAGAAAUUCCGGACUGGAUUCCUCUACCAUUAAUGCCAUGUUCCCUGAUGCUGCAGCGGCAAUCGCCAAGAAAAAGGCCGAAUUUACUCAGCAGACCGGUAAUGCUCCUGCCUCGAACCGAAACAGUGCUGUUUUCGGAGGUGAUCGCUCGUCCCUGGUGGCACCGACCAUUUCCGCCCCUGACACCAAUAAGAACUCGCUGAGCCAGCCGCCGUCCUCGCCAUGGGCUCAACGGGGCCCGGAAUUACAGCCACCAAUUGCUCGCCCCAAGUCGUCUUCCGGACAAUUACAGCAACAGCCACUGGGUCAAUUCAAUCAGCCAAACGCUUCAGGACUUCGCUCUCCGCAUCUCGGCAAUGUGCAGAGCCAAACCAUCAACGCCCCGGAAAUCUCUCACCAAGAUGCUCCUCUUUUAUCUCCCUACAAUAUUGGAAACUCGAGCUGGGCUUCGCUGACCAAUACGCCUAUGGCGCCAACAUUCAACGCACAGCAGACCGGAGGAUCCCAAGCGGACAUGGUCGCCAAUGCGACAGCAAUGAAGCUGGCGGCUUUGUCAACGGUGAACAAUCGUAUCGCAUUGGACGAUGCCCGUAAAUACCGCCGUGCACGCUCGAAUGACGGCCACGGGAAGAACUCUAACGCCGGACCUCUAUCUCCUGGCCUUGGUCCUAACAUUCCGGGGGCUAACCUCGUGAUGGUCAAUGAUGCCGGACAGGUCUUGAAUGCGCAGCAAAUUGCCGCACUUCAGGCUCAACAGCAAGCUGCUCUAUCUGGUCGUAGGUCUCGCCCGAGUUCCCCUGGUAUUGCACUGCAGGGGCCCCUCGGUCAAGUUGGAUUUACGUCUCCGCAGAAUAAUGGAUUCCUGACUGCUUACGACCCCAACAAUAACCUUCUAGGAAACAAUCUCAAUACUCUGGGCCUUGGGCAAUUCGGUCUCGGGUCUCAUGAAGGCUAUCUUUCCGACCAUUCUGAGGUGCAGCGUGGACGGUCUCCGCGGGGCCGACGCGGAAGCUCAAAGCCACCCGAAGAUCCAACUGACCCCAAUCUGCUGAAGGACAUUCCGGCUUGGCUUCGUUCUCUGCGGUUGCACAAAUACACGGAUAACCUAAAGGAUCUCAAGUGGACAGAAUUGAUUGAAUUAGACGACAAGGGGCUAGAAGAGCGUGGUGUUAAUGCUCUUGGUGCCAGAAACAAGAUGUUGAAGGUCUUUGAACAAGUCAAGGAAGCCAGAUCUGAGGGCAAGCUUGAAGAUGCUCUGUGA